AGACGAGAAGCAAAAUGUUCGAAGUACUGGUGGCAAAGUCGAGUGAUUCGGGCGUGGAGCUGUCGUGGUCAAAGAGCCAGUUCUCUGCGGAUCAAGUGAAGAGUUCGUAUGGGGUGACGUUCGGAGGAAUGGGGAACAAGGAGGGACCUUACGGGAUCGGAGCAUCGCAGAAGGCGUACGACAUGGCCUACUACCUGAACGGCAAGUACCAAGUGAAGGAGAAGAAGGCAGGACAGUACUUGUAGGAGACACAAGAGCCAAGAAGAAUUAGCCUCGGAGCAAGACAGCGAGAGGACCGAACCUGGCAAGCAGCAUGUGGAAGACUUUGCGGAGCAUGAUCGUGGGAGACUCGGAGCCUUACGGAGUUGGUCUCGUUCUGCGCGAGGCGGAGGACGGAAGCUUCGUCGUGUCUUCGCUGGUUCCCGACAGCCCAGCAGACGAGAGCGGCAAGAUCGCGCUGGGGGACGUGCUGUAUGAGAUCGACGGGCGGAACUUCUACCGAGCGGACAAGGGGGAGGUGAUGAAGGCGACGCUGGGGCCUCCGGGCAGCGAGGUGGUGAUGGGAUUCAAGCGAGGGCUGCGGUACGAGAGCGACGGAGUCUAUCGAGUGACGAUGGUGCGACGAGCUGUGAAAGGCGCGGGGCAAGUGACGAGACUUAAAGUGGUUGCUCAAUGAAGCUGCUCAGCAUC